CUCUCCUCAGUUUCCUCCCAUCACUAUGGGAGAUGAGAUCCUGGAGGACGCCGCCCCGAGCGCCGCAGAGCGGCAAGCUGUAUACGAAAAAGGCUUUCGUAUCUGGAAGAGCCUUUAUCUUCACGCGACACAAGAAUCUAGCUUUCCAAGGACAUGCUUUGAUAUCCAGCCAUUUCUUACAAAGCAGCCUCAAUUUCCAAAUGACUUAGAUCUGAAAGCUUCUUACAACCAUCUCUUUGUUCAAGGUACAUCAAUAUGGAAGGGAUCAGAGGAUUGUAAUAUACCUUUCCAGGAACGGCACCUGCAGAUUCCUGUCUCAAUUAAAUCUCCGAUUUCUCUUAGCUUAUCAGCCAAUAUAGAUGAAAGUUAUCUGGAAUGGUUCACUUUGGAGGAAAGUCAUAUCGCAAUGUUAAUGUAUCAAAAUUCUGUUACGGUAGAUAUAGGGGGCGUUGACGAUGAUGCAGCGAGGUGGUGGACUGCUAUUCUAGCAAUAGGAGGGUGGGAGGCCUACAUUGUGGCUGGGGAAAACAGAUAUCGAUCCCCUUGGUCAACUAAUCUUCCAGCGGAACCGAUUUUUAGCAUCGCCAAUCACAGCAGAAAAGGUCUCUACUUCGGAACACCUAUCCCAGCUACAACUGCCCUGGGCUUAGUAUGUGAUUAUUUCGCGCUACAUGGCAUUGUGGAUCAGGGCUAUGCAGCAUUGUCAGCCGUCCUACUUCUUCCAAUGGUACAUGACAACAGAAAGACUGUCCAAAUUCCGCGACCAAUACAAAGCCACAAACCCAACCACAAACUCAACCGUAAGGCCAAGUCAUCAAAGCUCACUUCCCACCUUGGCCUUGCCUGCAUCCAGGAAGUCAAUAAUCUUGAUAAACUCCUCACCAUGAGCUGCAACACGAAAGGGAUGCAUUCACUGCUAUCAAGCAUCUUCUACGAAUCAGGGAUAGCGUGCAAUGUUGUAAGCCCAUGGCUGCAAUCUAUAACUGCUGUUAUAAAUUCCGUCGCAGACAAACGCAUUCUCACCCACAUGCUAAUGAGACGAGUCCCUCACCUUGCAUUUUUAUGGCUAGGUGGAGCAGUUUUGAAUAUUCAGGAGCACACCUUAUAUGAGGGAAAAUUCGGACUAAUUCCUACCGAGCUACAUGCUGCCGUGUGGUCUGGAACCACGCAAUCAUUCAUGCAGGAGCCUAUUCAUCCUGCAACAAAUGGUUAUAUCCAGCGCGCUGACGAAUGCCGACUUCUCUAUUUCAUUCAGGAGGAACAUCACAACCGAUGGCCUAUAUGUCAGUGGACAUCAUUCGGUGUCACGGCCCUGCAAGACACUGAGAUCGAUGUCCGUCUGCAUGCAGACUGUACUGGGCAUUGCCUUCAGUAUGCGGGGUGGAAGUGGACUUGCCAGAAUGGUAGGGUGGCAUAUCAAAUGUCCGACAACACUCCUCCUCCAAACCUCCCCCCCGAAGAGCCAGUGGUGACAAAUGUCACAAUCGACUACCAAGGUCUUAAUCAUGGUGACGAGGGUGUAUCAGAAAAUGCAACUCGGAGCAUCUUCGGCUGGCUCCGAGUUGAGGGAUUCCCUCCCAAUGAAAAGAAGAUACACGAUUGGAUCUACAUCGAUGAGUCCGAUUAUGAGCACCCAUAA